CGUGGCAGCCGCCGGAGCCGCCGCCGCCGCGCAGCGAGGCCGGCCGCCGGGCACUUCCUGUGGAGGCCGCAGCGGGCGCCGACGGGCGAGGCCGAACCGCAGCAGCAGCCGCCGCCGCCGCCAUGGGGCAGAACGACCUGAUGGGCACGGCCGAGGACUUCGCCGACCAGUUCCUGCGUGUGACGAAGCAGUACCUGCCGCACGUGGCGCGGCUGUGCCUCAUCAGCACCUUCCUGGAGGACAGCAUCCGCAUGUGGUUCCAGUGGGGCGAGCAGCGCGACUACAUCGACAGCACGUGGGGCUGCGGCUACCUGCUGGCCUCGGCCUUUGUGUUCCUCAACCUGCUCGGACAGCUCACUGGCUGCAUCCUGGUGCUGAGCCGGAACUUCGUGCAGUACGCCUGCUUCGGGCUCUUCGGGAUCAUAGCCCUGCAGACCUUUGCCUACAGCAUCCUGUGGGACUUGAAGUUCUUGAUGAGGAACCUGGCCCUGGGGGGCGGCUUGUUGCUGCUGCUGGCAGAGUCCCGCUCGGAAGGCAAGAGCAUGUUUGCUGGCGUCCCCACCAUGCGUGAGAGCUCCCCGAAACAGUACAUGCAGCUGGGGGGCCGGGUCCUGCUGGUCCUCAUGUUCAUGACCCUGCUGCACUUCGACGCCAGCUUCUUCUCCAUUAUCCAGAACGUGGUGGGCACAGCGUUGAUGGUGCUCGUGGCCAUUGGCUUCAAGACCAAGCUGGCCGCUCUGACCCUGGUCGUCUGGCUCUUCGCCAUCAAUGUCUACUUCAACGCCUUCUGGACCAUCCCCGUCUACAAGCCGAUGCACGACUUCCUCAAGUACGACUUCUUCCAGACCAUGUCAGUGAUCGGGGGCCUGCUGCUGGUUGUGGCGCUGGGCCCCGGCGGCGUCUCCAUGGACGAGAAGAAGAAGGAGUGGUAACCGCACGCCGUGAGGACUGCUCACCGGUGGAGCCGGCCUGGCGCUCACUGUCCCUCCCCGCCCCUGGUAAAGGCACAGAUGUUUUGAGAACUUUAUUUGCAGACACCUAGAAAUUGCUGGCUACCCAUGGGCUGACUGCUGUGUGCCCGCAGGCCGGUGGCUUCGGAGGGUGGCCCAGCUGCUGGGCCCGACUGGUUUCUCUUCUUGCGGGGUUGAGUUGUACUGUGAGCUGACAAAAUUGUUCAUUUAAA